GUUGUGUCUCUCAGCUCUGCUCACCGGCUCAUAAAGAUUCCACAGAUUCAGUUCUCUCAGUCUGCAGGAGAAUCUACGAUCAACAAGACUUCAGUUGUUGUUUCUCUGAAUAAACAAAGACAGAGGAGGAUCGGUUGAACACUCUGAGGUGCAGAUCGCAAGCUUAACAGGAAGCCAGCAGCACCAGCUCAAUGCAACAAGCUGCCAAACCAGAAGUUUCACGUGAUGUCUGUACUGGAACCAGAAUGACGGCCCUGAAGUUCUGUCUGGUGUUUCCGGUGUCUCUGACCAUCAUCUGCUACACUUCACUGAACCAACACUUCACUGUGGCUGAGGUCCAGCAGUAUGCAGUGGAUGUGACUCUUGAUCCUGAUACAGCACAUCCUAAACUCAUCCUGUCUGAUGAUGGAAAACAAGUAAAUCAUGGUGAUGUGAAGAAGAAUCUUCCAGACAACCCAGAGAGAUUUUCGUUUUGUGCUAAUGUUUUAGGAAAGCAGAGUUUCUCUUCAGGCAGAUUUUACUUUGAGGUUCAAGUUAAAGGGAAGACUGACUGGGAUUUAGGAGUGGCCAGAGAGUCGAUCAACAGGAAGGGAGACAUCAUACUGAGCCCUCGGAAAGGUUACUGGACUAUAGCGUUGAGAAAUGGAAAUGAGUACAGUGCUUGUAAUGACCCUCCAGUUCGUCUCUCUCUGAAGUCUCAGCCUCAGAAGGUGGGGGUGUUUGUGGAUUAUGAGGAGGGUCUGGUCUCCUUUUAUGACGUAGAUGCUGCAGCUCUUAUCUACUCCUUUACUGGCUGCUCCUUCACUGAGAAACUCUACCCAUACUUCAGUCCCCGCCCUAAUUAUGGUGGUAAAAACUCCGCCCCUCUGAUCAUCUGUCCUGUCAAUCAGCAAUUUAUUAAGCAGUGAAGCAUUACCAAUAAUGUCCAGUAUAUACUUGUGAAUUCAAUCUGUACAUUUGAGUCCACCGUGUAAAUAAACACCAGAAAAAGUAUUUAUACUGCAAUACUGACACAGCAGUCAAUACUUACAUGGCAAUGGA